ACUGAUAGACAUUGAGGAAUUUAGAUCUCGAGUUUCUAAAUUUAUUAGAGAUGGCUGAGAAGUGUGGAUCAGAGAAAGCAUCAAGUUCUUCACCGAACCUGAUAUGUCCAUUAUGUCUUGAUAUAUUUGUCGAGGCGACAAUCUUAACUUCAUGUGGACAUACAUUUUGUAGGCGAUGCCUCAAGAAAUACGAUCUAACCCACCAGGACCUUGAUCACAUGGUCUGUCCUCUCUGCAGGGAGAUCACCAAGUUGUCGGCCAACCGUGUCGAUGAUCUCCGCCUCAAUGUCUCCAUCAACGGAUGCGUAGACGAUCACCACGCCAAGUGUGGAGGGAUGAAUGCUGUCCUCGAGAUGCGACCAAAAUGUUCUGGUUGCAAGCUUCAAGGAGAUGCUGUCUCAUUCUGCAGAACCUGUAAUAACUACAUAUGUGAUAAAUGUUUGCAAUGUCAUCAAUAUCUGUCAGUCUUUGAAGAUCAUGAGAUUGUCUCCAUGGAUGAUGUCAUCGAAGGGAAGGUCAGCAUUGGUCAUUUAUUCGAGAAGUGUUCCAUCCACAAACCAGAGAACAAGGACAUGUUUUGUGAGGUUUGUAAGGUCCAUGUCUGUCACAAGUGCGUACUCGUUGAUCAUCAAAAUCACAAAGUCAAGAACCAGGUUAACUUUGAGCAGGAGUUGCGACACAAGGUGACAGACCUUGCUCAACGAUGUGCUGACAAGAAAGCAGAGCUGGAAAAGAACAUUCAGAACAUAGAAAUACAACGUCAUGAGGUACACACUGCAGUGCAGAUACUACUAGAUGAUGUCAAGCAAGCCUACAGUAUCAAGGCCAAGGAGCUGGAAGAAAAUCUUCGAAAUCUCACCGAGCAGAUACAUGCCUUACAGCAUAGUUUUGAUGACGAACUCGACGUCUUGAAGUCAAAAGAUCGACAGAGGAUCAAGAGUAUUUGUAGUUCAAUUACUUUGGUAGAUAAUGACAGACUGGGUCAUCUUGAGACAGACACUUUAUCUGCUCAUAUCUUGCUCUGUGAGGAGCUGGAUGCCAUGCUGAAGGAGAUUACUGAUCACACCUCUGCGGAAGCUAUUAGGAAGAAAGCACAAGAGAAGAUGUUCAAACCAGCAGACGAUACUCGUCUUGACCUCGGGAGUAUUUCAGGAUCAUAUCCCAAGAUGGAAGUCAUUCAGUGUGUUGAUCUACGGGAAUGGAUGCAAGGUAUGACAAGGUACUCCAAUAGCACUGUCGCUAUCGGGUAUGGGAGCGAUGCACAAGGUAUUGAUAUCAUUGAUUCAAAUGGUGGUAAGCAGCGAUAUAGUAACAUAUUAGCCUUAAAUGACAUGUAUUGUUAUGAUCUGAUUUUGCAACGGGACGGGGCGAUUUGCGUGUCGACUGGUCAUUUAGAAGCCUACAUCUACUCUCCCCUUGGUUCCAGGAAAGCAACAAUCCACGUGAGAGACAUUCGAGAUUUUCUCAGCGUUAACAGAAGUCCAACAGAUGAAAUCAUCAUUACUAACUAUGAAAAACAAGUCUAUAUCUAUGACCCGACAGGAUCCACUCUUAAACACACUGUUCAAACAAAGCACGAGACGUGGCAGGCAUCUACCACCAGGACGGGUUUGAUCGUCACGAGUUCAUGUUGGGACGAUCCAAGCGUGGUGACGGUCUAUGACAGGGAUGGGAAUGCUGGUGAGUCUCUACAAGCUCCAGAGUGUGUCUACCUGUACGCUGCCGUGGAUGAACAGGAUAGGGUGUAUGUAGCGAGUGUUGAUGUGGAUAAUGGUAGCGUCGUGAUCAGGCUCUAUGAUCUUGAUGGUCUGAACCUGAAGGAAAGAGUUGAGUUCAAUGCACUUGAUAUGACAUUGUGUUCGAGUUGGUGUUAUUUGGUUUCCCUCUCCCCAGGCAUGCUCGCCUUUGCCUGCUACGAGAAGUUAUAUUUCAUCAAGGUAUCACUGUAAUCCACGUUAUAUCACACCAUGUAGUAUGGGGACUGAUAUGCUUUCACCCUGCAACAAUACAAAUUUACUUUAACACGUGUCGAUAUCCAGUAUUACAUGUAUUACCAUGUGAUAACCUCAUCCAAUGACAAAAUCAGUUAAUGUGAUAUUGAUAGUCUUAAUUACCAUGGUUACUUCUAAUGUACGAGUUAUACAUCUAAAAAAAUGAAUCAAAUUUAUAAACUUAACGUCACACCAGUUUCAUGUGUAUUCUACAUGUAUAUAAUAUUUAGUCUGCAAAAAGCAUAGGCCUAUCGUAUUUAUCAUUGUAGCUAUCAAGUGAUAGAAAAAUUACUUAUAAAAAAACAUAACUAAGUAUUUAUUAAGAAUAUAACAAAGUAAUCAGCAAAUGUAAUUAAAUAUAAAUCAAGAUGAUCACUAUCAUACAUGAUAAUGAAAAUGUUUACAGUGCACAAGGGGAAUUAACGGUAUAUAAGCAGAAAGAGUACACUCUACCGUAUAAGACCAUUUUGCUUUCACAUCACGCGAAAAAUUCGUAUCAUCAUACUCAUGCCUGUUUGCUAUUUGUAUAUUUUUCAGUUAAAUUAUCGUGGAUCAUGGUGGAUAAUGGAAUGAUAAGAUGCUUUCUUUUGGACCGUCCAUACGAAUCUUGCUCUUUAUUUUCGAUGUGAUCUUCUCCAAGAGGGGAAUAUGCCAACCACUGAUAACCAUUCAUUUGAAAAAUGAAA